AUGGAAAAUCUCAAUGAAAACUAUACUGAAAAGAGUUUAGGGAAGGAGGUGUCACCCUGCCUUGACCCUGUUGUGCAAGCAACAGUUGGAGAAGCCAAGGAGCGACUAAAGAAGCUCGAGCAAGAUUAUCAACGCACUUUCAAAAAGUACGGAGAAGUACAAUUAAACAGAUAUAGGUGCCACGUGGAUGGAAAAGGCUUAAAACAUCACAGUUACUGGACUGGAUAUUGUAUCAGGUGCUGCAAGAAUCAGGUGAAGGAACUGCAGAAUGUUCUUGACAGAGUGAAUAUAGAACAAGUGUCACAGCGAGGAACAGAAACACUUAAUCAUAGCCAGAAGUUCUUGAUGUUGCACGGUUGUAGAAACUUGGCUCAAGAAAAGAUGAUACUACAACAGAAAGCAGAACACAUACAACCAAACAAUGAGAAGCUGAGUAAAACAAAAUUUGACUUCAGAGAAGCUAACUUUAACAGGGAGUUCCAGGGAAUCCUAGAAGAAGUUCCAAAGAUUUGCAGCAAGAAACAUGUACACAAUCUAUUGAGUGAACUUAAGGAAACAAACAGAUUGAGAAAAGCAGCUACCGAGGGAGGUGCAAUAGUGGGAAACAACAACACAAGUCAGGACACCAUACAAACUUGUACAAGUAGUGUAAUAAAACUUCUGACGAAGAUAAUCAGAGACUUUGAGAAAGAGGAGUGGAGACAGAGAACAUUUUGGAAGACAAAAGAAAAAUUGAAAAUGUAUGCAGAGAAAAGAUUAGACAGCUACGAGAAAAGUAUGAAUGCAUAG